AUGAUCCCUCGUUGCUUCGCUCUCGUUGCAGUCGCUCUCUCUUCCAUCCAUUUUGCAGAGGCUUUGCCUGUCUCUUCCCGUGAAUCGCAGUCGCUUGCAGACUUGCCUACUUCAGGUGACGUUGGGCUACCCACGUCGCUCCCAAUUCCUACGGUGCCAAUUCCAACGGAUGUGCCUAUAACGAGUUUGCUGCCCCUUCCGACACUUACAGACUCAACCCUGCCUGUUUCCCAGACUUCGGUUCCCAUUUCAGACCCGCUCGACGGAAUACCAGGCUCAGUAAGAUCCAUUUCUAGCGCGGAUCUUCCUCUGAACCAGGAUCCAGAGGGUAAACUUGGAGACUUGUCGGACUCUACCGAAGGAAGCAGUCUUUUAGGUGGUGUUGGUGGUGGUGUUCUAGGUGAUGAUGUUCCAGGUAGCCUGCUGGGAGGCGGUCUUGUAAGUGGUGUUGGUAGUGGUGUUCUAGGUGGUGUUGGUGGCGGUGUUCUAGGUCGUGAUGUUCUAGGUGGCCUGCUGGGAGGCUCGGAUCCAGAGAAUCUUGGUAAGCUUCAAGGUCAUGGCAAGGGUUGGAUGUAG